AUGGAAAAUACUAGUAAUAUGUUUCAAUUAUGGUCACCACCUGUCUUUCGUCUUUCACUUGAUUCAUUUUCGAAUGAUCUUAUUCAAGAGUUUGACAAAAAGGCAACAAAAUUUAGUAAUGGUGGUGAAUUAAUUAAACCAACCAUCGAAACUACUCAGCAAGAAGUAGUAGUAACGUCUACUGCUUUAAGCGUAAAUGAUACUGAGCAAUUCUCUUCAAUAGUUUCUACUUUUUCAGAUAAUUUUUUCUCUACAGAAGAUCAUAAUAAUAGAGAUGAGGUAGAAGAAGACAUUACUACUACUACUACUACUACUACUACUAGUACUUCUGUAAUAAAUACUGAUAAUAACAUAACGUUUAUUACUGCUACUGAAGAAAUCGUUACAAUAGAUGACACCAGUAUUCCCUUAGUGCAACCUGAUCCUUUAGAAGAUUCAUCUGAUAUUCUUUCUGCUUUUUCUAAUGAUGAGACAAGCGUAAAUACCAGUAAUCCUAAAGAUAAACUGUCAAAUGAUGAGAUAAUAGCAACAGCAACAACAACAACAGCAGCAGCAGCAGCAGUAACUCCUACUAUAAAUCAUGAAGAAUCUACUGUAGAAUUAUCUAUCAUGAAUACGCCUACAACUUACACAAAGAUCUCCUCUCCACUCUUAUCAAUGAUGAAUUAUACUACCAAAAGAAAUAGUAAUCAAUCAGUAAUUGAUAAAAAUAACACUGUCAUUCCUGCCAAGAAUCAAAAAAAAACUUCUAAAAGACGCUCGUUCUUUUCUUUACGUUUUUGUUAA